UUAUGUGACCUGCAUGUAUACAAAGUGCCGCCAGAUUUGUGGAGAGGGCCUUUCAACAACAUCCUCAAUGAUGCAGUGGUUGAGACAGUUUCUGUUGGCAUCAUCAGGGUGCCAGCAGAGAUCCGACUGGUGGACAUCAGAGAAGAGAUAGUGCAGCAGUUAGGUGCUAACACAGAUGAACUUUUGCCUAAAGAUUACGUCUUUCUGAGGAGCGUUGGGCGGAGUCUGACCACGUUACGCUUAAAACAAGAAUACCAGUUGAAAGCAAAACAUUUUAUACCACCAGUGGCUUACGCUCCUGAACUGUUUAUUCUGGAAGUCACGCCAGAAAUGAGAGAAGCUCUUGCAGUCAGUGAUACGUCUUCACAGUCACCUCCCUUAUCUCGACAAGUAUCACCAAGGAGUUAUCCCAGCACCUAUCGGCCUGGCCAUGGUG